AUGAAGCGGAAGGCGACGACCACCGAUGGACCACCACGUAAGUAUCCGAAUUACGGUACUAUUCUCGACGAGAGUGACGUAACUAUUACUCUUAUCCAGGAGGCUCUAGAGUUGAUUCCUCUUUUAGACGACGUCAAUUUAAGACGUUCAUUCGUUGGGAGAUGGAUUGUAGAAUGCUCACAACAUGAAAACGUGUUAUCGAGCAUUCUCAAGUCGAUGUACUUUACACAUCAAAAGAAAAGAUGUGUGAGCAUUCUACAAUCCAUCAUUAGACUUCGCGCAUUAUUUGAGUCCCAUAUUGUAGAUGGCGCUGGAAUCGGUGAUCCAGAUAUAAAUAAACGUGUGCGCUGGGAAGAAUGUGAGAGUGCGUUUGCGUGUAGACUGUACACUAAUGUAAUUCUAAAUCUUGUACACAUUGAUAUAAGCGCGUUUUUAGACGAUGGGUCCACACUGUUUCAAGACCAUAUUAGAGGUGCUUUAAAUAAGAAUGGACCCAUCGUCGUGUACGGCGUACUUAUCGCAAACUUCAAGAGGGUGGAGAAUGACGAAGAAGUUGUAAAGCCGAUUCCUUUUGGAACCAAGGCCAACAACAUCUUCCCUACGACCCUUUUAGAUGAUUGGUUCGAGCAGUACAUUAAACAGCCGAUUCUACAUAGUGUUGAAGAGUUUUACGCCAAAGGUUCAAAUUGGAACCUACAGUCAAUUAUAAAGCUUGAAAUCAAUGUAAAUAAGUAUAAUCCGAUGCGUGCGAGCUCAUACAUUGAUCUACCCUCACAAAUUAAAAGAAAACAAGCCUGUAUUAACGUGCAAAACAAAGAUAAUGAGUGUUUUAAGUGGGCGGUACUCUCAGCCUUACACCCAAAUGUAGUGAGAAAUGAUCGAGUUUCGAAUUAUAAAGAAUUUGAAAAUGAGUUAAAUUUUGACGGUAUAGAUUUCCCAGUAACGUUGAAAAAUGUCUCAAAAUUUGAAAAGUUAAAUAAUAUUUCGAUUAACGUCUAUGGUUUAUCAAAAUAUUAUGGGGACUUUACAACACAUCCCCUUCAUCUCUCUGCUGAAAAAAGAGAUAAACAUGUGAAUCUCUUAUACGUAGCUGACAUGUAUGCAGAUGAGAGUGUUGAGGAGAAUGUAAUAUGUGAUGAAGGUGAUUUUAUGAAUUUUCAUUAUGUAUGGAUAAAAGAUCUAUCGCGACUUGUAUCGAAACAAUUAUCUAAAAAGAAAUGUAAAAAACAUAUCUGUGACAGAUGCUUACACUACUUUUCAUCUGUAGAUAGACUGAAUGUACAUCUCGAAAAUUGUAAAAAAAUGAAUGAGUGUAAAAUUAAAUUACCGACGCCUGACAAGAGUCUGAUCACAUUUAAAAAUUUUAAGAACAAAGAAAAGGUGCCAUAUGUAAUUUACGCCGACUGUGAAAGUCUACUUCUUCCAGCGGAUGAAGAUGUAGACAAUUUAAGUAAGACUGAAGUCUUCCAGCGUCACAAAUUGUUAUGCAUCGGAUAUUAUAUCAAAUGUAGCUACGACGAAUCAUUAUGUAAAUAUGUACCGUGUCCGAAAAAUGAAUCUGACCCUGCGAAAUGGUUUGCUGAGAAGUUAAAGCAGAUUGCAGAGAAAAUGAAUAAAGUUUUUAAAAAUCCGUUACCGAUGACUGCAUUAACUCCUCAAGAAAUCAAUGAUUUUAAGCGAGCGACAAUCUGUCACAUUUGUCAUCAGAAAAUACCGGCAAGCGAAAAGAAAGUCCGCGAUCACUGUCACCUUACUGGCAAAUAUAGGGGUGCUGCCCAUGAAUCGUGCAAUCUAAACUAUCAAGAUUGUCAAACGAUCCCCGUAGUAUUUCACAACCUAAGUGGCUAUGACGCCCAUUUUAUAAUUCACGCGAUUUCGACGAGCUUUGAAGGAAAAAUUGACCUCCUCCCCAUUAACAAAGAGAACAUCCCUAGAGAAACUCGCAUCGUACCUAGUACGGUGACAGAUCCGGAAAAAAUUAAAUUAUUGACGCGCAAGGGUGUAUUCCCUUAUGAGUACUUUGACUCGAAAAGUAAGUUAGAUGAGACAGAAUUGCCCCCGAUCGAGAAAUUUUAUAGUACGCUUUAUGAUGCCGGUAUUUCUGAUGACGAGUAUGCGCAUGCGCAAAAUGUAUGGACCGAGUUUGACUGUAAAAAUCUAUAUGACUAUGUCCAUUUGUAUAUGAAAACCGAUGUAUUGUUACUUGCGGACGUCUUUGAAAAUUUCCGAGUAGAAUGUGUAAAAGCGUAUGGUUUAGAUCCUGCCCACUACUACACAACCCCCGGUUUAACUUGGGAUGCUAUGCUCAAGUACACGAGCAUAGGAUUGCAACUAAUAACCGAUAUCGAUAUGAUUAUGUUUGUUAAGUCUGGUAUUAGAGGUGGCGUUAGCCAAUGUUGCAACCGAUAUACUAAAGCAAAUAAUCCGUAUAUGGAGAAAUUUGACAAAAAUGAAGAUACAAGCUAUAUUAUGUACUUCGAUGCCAAUAAUCUAUAUGGCUGGGCAAUGGCUCAAGCGCUCCCUUAUGGCGGCUUCAAAUGGGUUGAUAAUGUCGACAACUCCUUCGAUUUUAAUGUGCCUGACGAUUCACCUGUUGGGUACAUACUCGAAGUUGACUUGGAGUAUCCUGAAAAUCUCCACGAUACUCACAAAGAUAUGCCAUUUUGCGCAGAAAAUGCGAAACCACCCCUCUCGAAACAGGAGAAAUUAUUAACAACUCUCCAACCAAAAGAAAAAUAUGUGAUCCACUACCGCACUUUAAAACAAGUUGUCGCCAACGGCAUUAAGCUUGUUAAAAUUCAUCGAGUCUUACAGUUUAAGCAAUCAACAUGGCUUAAACCAUAUAUAGACUAUAAUACGAUGAUGCGAACCAACGCCAAGAAUGAGUUCGAGAAAAAUUUGUUCAAGCUCAUGAACAAUGCGGUAUACGGUAAAACAAUGGAAAAUGUCCGUAAACAUGUCGACAUUAAGCUUGUCACCCAAUGGUUUGGCCGCUAUGGAGCUGAAGCCCUUAUUUCUCGCCCGAAUUUCCAUAGUCGAGCGAUAUUCGACAAAAAUCUGGUUGCCAUUGAACUGUGUAAAACCGAGGUACUACUCAACAAACCAAUCUAUGUGGGGUUAAGUGUGCUUGAUGUAUCCAAAACGCUAAUCUACGAUUUUCACUACGGGUAUAUGUUAAAAAAUACGGCGACAAUUGUAAACUGA